CUGCACUGGUGCAAUAAGUUAGAAAGAGACAAACAUAUUUUCUUUCACUCUAACUAAUUACACUAGUGCAACAAUACAGCUAGAAAGAACAGACCCAAUAUAACGCAUGGAACUGCAAGUGUUGCAGACAUUGCAGUUGCCAGAUAACCUUAUUUUGAUGAAACGUGUCGACGAUAUAUGUUUCACGCGUGAUAUGAUUUUAUUAAUAUCUAUUUAUUAGAAUGUAAAGGGUGUCAUUGCAUUGUUGAGGAAUAUUUGACUUGUACAAAUUUACAGAAUAUUGCUGUUAUACAAUGGCCUAUAUUUUGAACAAGACUUCCAUUUUAUGCCGAGCUGCUUUUCACAAAAAUAUAAUUCUUGGAUCUGUAACUAAAAUCACAAAAAGUUACAUGCAUCAAACUAAUAAAACAAAUAUUAUUGCAGAACAGAAAUUUAGACUUAAAGAUAAUAUAAGCAAUAAUUAUAAACUCAUAUAUAGAGAGCAAAGAGCUAUGAAUGUAAUGAUUACUCUUGCAUAUAAUACUGCAUGGCUAGGUAUUAUUUUUUGCACAGUUUUUAUGGGAUAUCUGAUUUACAAAAAUCCACCAGUGGAAGAACACAAAAAAUUAACAUUUAUCUCUAGUGCUUACGCAUCGUCUCUAAGUAAAUCAGCUAGGACAGCCAUAUUGCUCUUUUCUCUUGCUCUAACCAUCACGGUUAUAGUAUGCUGUAGAAUAAUUCCAUUUAGAAUUUAUUAUAGUCCUGCAGAAAAAUUAUAUAAAGCUGUAUUUGUGCGUUCGAUAUUGUGUGAAAAACAUAUAGUAACAUUUGGCGAAGGCACCGCUAUGCCGAUAUUUAAACGUAAACAUACAGGAAAUAUAUUAUUUAAUGUUAAUGGCCGUAUUAUUUUACUUGAUAAGGAAAGUUUCCCAAUACCAUAUAUGCGUGAACAAAUGAUUUACAAAACUAAUUAGAACUCUUUAUGUAUUAUAUUUAAUUAUUUAUAUUUUAGUUUCUUCUAUCUAUUGUACAGAAAUAUUCCUAUUGAUAUUAUUCAUUUAAUCUGCAUUAGAUAUUGUUAUAAACAGAAUAAGAUUAA